UUAUUUUAUUUUAUUUUUAUUUUUGCUCCCUUCAAUGUAAUUGGGCUAACACUACUUAACAGAGCAAAGAGAAAAACGCUUCAUUCACUUAUUCACUAACUUAACAUAUACUAUCUUUCUACUGUGGAGUUGUGAUUCUUCAAUACCAUAUAUUCUCUCUCUUUCUCUUUUUCUUUCUUGAUUUGUGCUGUGAAACAGUUAGAAGUGGUGUUGAUGUCUGAGGCAUUGGAAGAUGUUCCUUCAAUGAAAGGAGGGUGUGAAGAAGAAGAAGAAGGGUUGAACCUGAAGGCUACUGAGCUGAGGCUUGGGUUACCAGGGUGUGAGUCACCAGAGAGGGAGGGUGCGUUUAGGAGUGUGGUGGUGUCUGGGGCCAAGAGGGGUUUCUCUGAUGCCAUUGAUGAAAACUGGAAUGGUGGAUCUGAAAAAGAUGCUGCCUUGUUUUCUCCAAGGGGUGCUGUUAGUGUUAGUGCUGCCAAGUCUCUCACUCUCACUGCAACAGACUGCACCAACCAACCAACUGCUUUGGGUGCUUCUGUUCUCAAGGAAACUGUUCCACGCUCUCCAAAACCAUUGCAUGAGAAAAAGCCCCAGAUUUCUGCUCCAGCUGCUAAGGCGCAGGUUGUGGGAUGGCCACCAAUCCGUUCAUUCAGGAAGAACUCAAUGGCUUCUCAGCCUCUAAAGAAUGAUACUGAUGCAGAAGCCAAGUCUGGAUGCCUUUAUGUUAAAGUCAGCAUGGAAGGCGCCCCAUACUUGAGGAAAGUGGAUCUGAAUAGUUUUACCACUUACAAGGACCUCUCUUUGGCACUUGAAAAGAUGUUUAGUUGUUUUACACUCAGUCAAUGUGGCUCUUAUGGGGUUUCUAGUCGAGAAAAUUUAAGUGAAAGUAGAUUGAUGGAUCUCCUUCAUGGUUCAGAAUAUGUUCUUACCUAUGAAGACAAGGACGGAGAUUGGAUGCUAGUUGGUGAUGUUCCGUGGGAGAUGUUCACUGAGUCUUGCAAGAGGCUGAGGAUAAUGAAGAGUUUUGAAGCAAUUGGGCUAGCACCUAGAGCCAUGGAAAAGUGCAAAAGUCGUAACUAGUGCCAAUGCUGUAUGCUUUUGUCUUCUAAUCCGGAAAGAUGGAAGAUCACAUUUAAGCAUAUAAUACCUUGUUUCUUACCUAUAAUUCUAUAUACGAGAUUGGGGUGUCCUAAACUUUAGUGGGAAAGAUAUAUUGAUGACAGCAUAUUAGUUUUGUUGUAGUAGCGGUCUAUAUCAUUGAUGUAGACGUUUAAGGUUUAAGGUUUUAGGUUUUAGGUUGUUCUCCCACACUUCAAUUACUGCCAUCAUGGCUUACCGUAGUUUGUAAAUUUUGCAUUUCUGUAAGCGAGCAUUUUGUUUGUCAUGGCAAGCCAAGAAAAGAAAUAUCAUACUUUCUUUAUGUGUCCACUCUUACAUGUAAAGUUAAAUAUUUAUUUUUAAAUUAGAGUCAUUUUAAAAAUUA